GAUGUCCACUCUGAUCGAUUACGCUCCUGUCACCAACGCCGAAGGCCUCGAAACCUCCAUACUGGGCCUGCACUUUCGUGCCAGCAACAACCACCUUAAACAUGGGAUGCUGAAGCUCAGGUGCACUGCCACCAUCGCUGCAGUGUACUAUAGCGAGAACACCCGCGUGGCAGCUGCGCGCCUUACUGAACGUGCACGUAGACCUGAAAGUCACGGCAUCUUUGCAGGUUCAGGAGGAGCUAAUGGCGUGCGUGUGAUGCAGCAUGGAUGGCCAGCAAUCGUGGGGCUAGUUGUGGUGUUGCUCAGGUAACACCUGCCCCUUACUUUCCUCCCCACUCCCCAUCCU